AUGGAUGCAAUGCAAAAUAAGCCGGGUAUCAGCUUCUUCGUGGUCAGCCCUCAGAGUGGAGACUUCAAGAAGACAAGGCAGAGAGUACAGGAAGUACUACCGAAGACAGGAUACCUGUUGGUGCGGGGAGCGUCAACGGCUUGGUAUACGCCGGUGCAGGGAGCACCACUGAAGAAGGCCACUGAAGACAGAGUAUCCGAAGGUGCAGGGAGCACAACAGAAGACAGGGGAUCCGUUGGUGCUGGAUGCACCACAGACAUAGCAACUACCGUUGACGGGAGUGUCACAGACAUGGGACCAGUUGGCACCACCCCGGACAGAUCAUCCGCUGGCACACAGAUUGGGGAUCUGCCUGCACCACAGACAGUAGAGGACCCACUGGCACAUACAGAGAACCCGCCAGCAUGGACAGGGGAUCCGCCGGCAAGGACAGGGGAUCCGCCGGUACCACAGACAGCGGACCCGCCGGCAUGGACAGGGGAUCCGCCGGCAAGGAGAGGGGAUCCGCCGUUACCACAGACAGCGGACCCAGCGUCAUGGCUAGGGGAUCCGCCGGCAAGGACGGGGGAUCGGCCGGUACCACAGACAGCGGACCCGCCGGCAUGGACAGGGGAUCCGCCGGCAAGGACAGGGGAUCCGCCGGUACCACAGACAGCGGACCCGCCGGCAUGGACAGAGGAUCCGCCGGCAAGGACAGGGGAUCCGCCGGUACCACAGACAGCGGACCCGCCGGCAUGGACAGAGGAUCCGCCGACAAGGACAGGGGAUCCGCCGGUACCAACAGAGAACCCGCCGGUACCACAGACAGAAGACCCGUCGGCAUGGACAGGGGAUCCGCCGGCACAGACAGGGGAUCCGCCGGUACCACAGACAGGGGAUCCGCCGGCACCACAGACAGAGGAGGACCCGCCGGCAGCACAGACACAAGACCCGCCAGCACCAACAGAACCCGCCGGUACAUCAGACAGCGGACCUGCCGGCAUGGACAGAGGAUCCGCCGACACCAACAACUAA